UUGUAGGCAUUUGUAGCUAGUCCGACUUAAACGAUCAACUUCUAUUAAUUUUAUUUUUCAGAACUUUCCAAGUAGUGUAAUUUUUUUUAUCUAAUAUCGACAUUUAUAUCGGUUUAAUCAUUUGAGUGUUGAAAAAAUGUCAAUAUAUAUCAUAUAGUGAUUAUAUUUAAAAUUUACCGUGACUAUAUUACACACCUAAACCAUAACUACAGCUCACCCAAAAUGUGUCAAGCGAUGGGCCUCGAUGGGGCCAAGGCGUUAAUGGUUUUUAUUCUUUACGCGUUGAGGCUUCAACAGAAGGCUCAAGCGGACAUCAAAGUGGGUAACGCCAUCAACGUGUUCAAUCGUUAUGGAUACUUUAGCAUAAGUAUGAGAGUGGUCCCCAGAAAUGACACCGAUCAUUCGUGGAUAUUCAGAGAACCCACGGUCGACGUGUUUACGAAUCUGCCAGAAAAACAAAGCCUCAAAAGAAGCAUCGGAGGUGGUGGAGGCCAAGUCUUCCAAGGGGAUUUCCACAUGGAAUUUUGCGAUAACGUAAAACAAUUAAUGCAAGCCUACUUUAGAGAUUUUUCCGUGGAGAGACUGGACAAGCCGUGGCAGGCGUUCACGGGCAGCUGGUCGAAAUUUACGUUGGCCAGGAAUUUAGGUUUAGACGUGUCUUAUGUAACCGGCGAUCAUUGUUAUGUUCUCGUCAGGGUGGCUAGGCAUAGGGAGACAGCCGAUUUGGAAAUGGAUAUGGAGAGCACCGACCUUCACGAGCCAGUGGCCAAACAGGUGGCCUCUGUUAAUGUCGGCGAUAGUUUGUCGGUCAUUGAAUUCGUCCGGAGUUUUGGAUCUCAUUACGUGACGUCAUAUGUCACAGGCAAUUCCCUCUAUCAGGUGUAUGUAUAUGCUCCAAACGCUUACAAAGUAAUUAAAGAACGCUUAAAAACAAAAGGCGUGUCGCAGAUCUCUAAUCAAGAGUUGAUUGGAUACUUCUCACCGUGGUACGCAGAACAUGUGGGUAAAAUACAAUCAGCUAGUGGUAAUGCAACUGUUGAAAAUUGGGCACACCAAAGACUAAGAGUGAAGUUUUUUGUCUUUGGGUUUGCCUCCUUACUGAAAUUGCAUGGAGACACGAAAUUGUUAAGUGAAUUGAAUGGAAUGUUAGGCAACGAAGCAUUACUCAAGCUCGAAUUAAAAACCUUGGCGCCGGCUUUUAAAGACGUUCAAAAACGAGCUUGGUUCCAUGAAGUAAUGGAUAAUAAUUUAAAACUAUGGGAAGUUAAUAUGUAAUAAAAAUAAUAUUCCUAUAAAACCCAAUACUAAAGUGUAUUUAUUAUAGUAGUUUUACUAAUUUGUUUUAAGGUAAGUACCUCCACCUUUCGCUCAAAUGCCAAAUACUAAAUGUACCUAAAAUCAUUACCUAUAUAAUAUACCAUUUUAGUAUGUUUUCUUGUUGAGCAACAAGUAUUGUAUUAUAAAUAAUUAUUGAUCGCAUAUGUUUUUAAUAAAGUCUUUAUUUAUGUAAGUUACAAACAAAAAUUAUUGUCAUUUGUUUUUUAUUGAGUUACAAACAAAAAUUAUUGUCAUA